GUACACCGCUUGACCGUUUUCCUUCUCCUCGAUUUCUUCUCUCCCUCGCUUCAGUAUUUACGAAGCUUUUACUCUCUCUGCUCUCAAAAAAAAAACUAACCUUUGUCUAAAACCCAGAAUCUGGGAAACCUUAAGACAAAAAAUGUUUUACUCGCAAUGUCUCGUAUCGAGAAAAGGACCUUUAGGAGCUAUUUGGGUCGCUGCCUAUUUCUUCAAAAAGCUUAAGAAAGCUCAAGUCAAAGCUACUCAUAUUCCUUCUUCCGUUGAUCAGAUCUUGCAAAAAGAGUUAGAUGCGUUGACAUACAGAGUUUUAGCGUAUCUUCUUCUGGGUGUUGUAAGGAUAUAUUCCAAGAAGGUGGACUUUUUGUUUGAUGAUUGCAACAAAGCGUUGAUCGGUGUUAAGGAGUUUGUGGCUAAGGAGAAGAACAGAGAAAAGACAGGUGUUUCAUUGCCUGCAUCUAUCGAGUGUUUUUCCAUUGCUUUGCCUGAGAGAUUUGAACUAGAUGCUUUUGAUCUUGGGAUUCUGGAGGAUUUUCAUGGGGGAAAUGUUAAGCCGCAUGAAGAUAUUACACUUAAAGAUGGAAGUCAGGAACCAGAGAGCAUGGACAUGUAUUCAAUGGAAAGGUUUGACAUGGAAGAGGACCUUCUGUUUACGUUUCAUGAGACUUUCUCUGCCAAUCAUAAUGAAAAUAAACAUGAGAGUUUUGCUCAUGAUAUGGACAUGGAUGCAGAAAAUGUCAGAGAUACUACUGAAGAAGCAUCGGUCAGAGUCGUUGAAGCGGAACCACUGGAUUCUACUGAAUCGUCCAGAGAUCAUCAAAAUGCAUCUAGGCAUAGAGAGCAUCCAGAAUCAGAUGACAUUCUUGUGGAACCGCAAAUGUCCGAAGAUAUCAGAAGAGCUCAAGAAGAAGACACAUUUAGAGAAACCAUAUCUACUAUUGUGCAGAGACUAGUGGAUCCUCAUGAAUCCUCAGGCGAUAAUCUACGCAGAGAUGGUUACAUAGAGAAUUUAGAAUCGGAGAAAACAAGUUGCGAAGAAAUGCAGCAUGAAGGGUCCCUCCCAUCUGAAUGCGUAAGACCUGAAGCGAUUCACAGGAUUGAGGAUCAACUUUGUGGUGCCACAAGAAUUAAUGGGGAGAAGGAGAUCCCGGAGAUGAGUACUCUAGAAGAACCAGAACCAGUAUCUGUGACUGGUUCCAGAGACUCGCCAGAAUGCGUAGAGAAAUGUCGAGACCAUAAUGAAGCGGAAAUGGGAAACUUUGAGUUGCUUCAUGGGUCUCAUAAAGAGCAGUCUGAUACUUCUGAAGUGAAUCUCCAUGGUUCCGAGAAAGGUUUUCUCUCUGACAUGACUGUUUCAAAAGACCCUAGUAGAGGGUUUAAUGCAGCAAAUACUCCAGUUGCUGUCACUCCCAAAACACCUUCGCGGGUGAAAAUCUCUGAAGGGGGAACAAGUCCUCAGUUCUCGAUCAUCCCUACACCGGCUGCGAAGGAGUCUUCUCGAGUUUCACGGAAAAGAAAAUGUCUGAUAGAUGAUGAAGUGCUAAUUCCAAACAAAGUUAUGAAGGAAAUGAUAGAGGACUCAAGUAAAUUGCUUGCAAAACGGAGAAACGUACCUCAUACUGACUGUCCUGAGAGGAGAACCAAACGCUUUGCCAAUCCUUUUCGAAGUUUCUUGGAACCUUUGAUUCAGUAUGGUUCUUCGGACCUCCAGUCGCUUUUUUGUCAACCCAUCAAGCUUAAAAACUGGGCAACCACAGGAACUCCUAGAGAUGCUAAAAUCGCUAGACGUAAGGAAAAUUCUUCUCUUGACACCGUCAGAACUCCUGGGGUUAUUUUAUCUUCAGAUCAGACUGAGAAUACUCAAGAAAUUAUGGAGACUCCUCAGGCUGCUGCUCUUGCUGGGCUGAAAGUGACAGCCGGAAAUAGUAACAUGGUUUCGGUUGAGAUGGGAGCAAGUUCUAUAACUUCUGGAACUGCUCAUCAAACAGAAAAUGCCGCAGAGACACCUUUGAAGCCUUCAGUUAUUGCUCCAGAAACACCCGUGAGGACAUCAGAGCAAACAGAGAUUGCUCCAGAAACACCAGUGGUCUCCGAGCAAGUAGAGAUUGCACCUGAAACGCCAGUGAGGGAAUCAAUGUCGAAAAGAUUUUUCAAGGACCCUGAGACCUGUUAUAAAAAAUCGAGACCUGCAAGUCCCUUCACUUCCUUUGAGGAGCAUCCAUCUGUGUAUUAUGUGGAAAAUAGAGAUCUUGAUAUGAUUUUAAUGAACGACGAGGUGAAUGCAGAUGAAACACACGACUUGCAACAAGAGACAUGGUCAGCAAGAACAAGGAAUGUGGCGAAAUUUUUGGAAAAGACGUUUGUGGAACAGAGGGAAAGAGAAGAAGAAGAAAAGGUGAGUUUGUUGCAGCUCUGUAGAGGAAGAACUCAGAAGGAAAGCGCAAGCCUCUUCUACGAGACUUUGGUGUUGAAGACCAAAGGAUACUUGGAAGUGAAGCAAAAUCGUCCAUAUAGUGAUGUUCUUCUCACGCCAUUCGCUAGACAACAAAAAGCUUGUUGAAAAAUGGCUUUUUUUUUUUACUUAGAUUCCUCAGAUUUCUUCGGUUAGGUUUCAGAUUAGUGCUGUUAAAUUUUAGUAUCUUCUAACAAAAUAGCAAUUUUGAGUUUUUCUUUUAAGUUAAUUUUUAGUAAAGAAUAAUUGACGAUCU